AUGGCUUUAACCUCAGGCGAUAACAUUGAAGACACUGAGACUGUCAACAACGAACCUCUCGAUGGCCAAUCUCGUGCAUCAGCUGUUGACAAAACCAACUUAAAGGAUGAUGGAGGAAACGAUGCUGACGCAAAAGACAACAUCAAAUCGUGA